AUGUUCAAUGUAUGUGCCAUUGCUGCUAGCUCCGCGGAGAACGGAUUUUGCUCUGAUCUUGCACCCAAUGUCACGGAAAAGGUCUUCAGUUUCAAUUUCCGAUACCGAGGUGGCUGUUUCUCGCCAAACAACCUCUGUAAACUGGCGGCACAAGCUACGAGUGGUUGGUCGCCUUCCCGCUAUUGCUCCUCGCUUUCGUCCUUCGCUCAACAAUCACUCACAAAAAUGAAGAUAGUGGCUAAGGGAAAGGAUGCGAACACAGAACCCUAG